CCAGUUUUAGUUCUAGGGCCGCUUUUUACUCUUAGAUGGCGGAGGAGGUUUUGAUAGAUCCUAAUGGGAAAUCUAGAGGGCACCUGACCUCAUCCCUGUUAGCAGUAGCAUUUCUUUCCUCCUUUGGGAGCUCCAUGCUCUAUGGUUAUAACCUGGCUGUAGUUAAUUCUCCUGCAGAGUACAUAAAGGACUUUUAUAACCAAACCAUUGUGAGGCGUUAUGGGUCAGGAGUGGAUGAAGAGGCUCUCACGCUUAUGUAUUCAGUCACUGUAUCUAUAUUUGCCAUCGGAGGCCUGUUGGGCUCUCUCACAGUGGGAAUACAGGUUACCAAAUUUGGGAGAAAAGGGACACUGGUGCACAGCACAAUUCUGGUGUUUAUUGCUGGAGGGCUGAUGGGCUUCAGCCGGUUAUGUGGAUCUCCAGAGAUGAUCAUCAUCGGUCGCUUUAUUACAGGGAUACAUUCAGGGAUAUCGCUCAGCGUAGUGCCCAUGUACCUGGGAGAAAUUGCUCCAAAGAGUCUUCGGGGCUUCCUGGGACUCAUGCCAAGCAUCUUCAUCUGUUUGGGAGUGUUUAUUGCACAGAUUCUGGGGCUCCAUGAGAUCUUGGGCAAGGAAGAGUACUGGCCUCUGUUCCUCUCUCUAGUUGUGGUGCCUACAUUUAUACAGCUCAUGUUGUUGCCAUGGUUCCCAGAGAGUCCAAGAUACCUGUUGAUAGAAAAGCGGAACAUUCAUGCAACUAUCACAGCACUGAAGUGGUACCGUGCUAAGUCUAACAUCCAGGCUGAGAUGGAGGAGAUACAGGAAGAGCAGCGCUCUUUGUCCUCAGUAGAGUCUGUCUCUGUUCUGCAGCUCUUCAGGGAUCCAUCCGUUCGCUGGCAGCUUGUUACAGUCAUUGUGGUUAAUGCUGGGAUGCAGCUUUCUGGAAUUGAUGCGAUUUGGUUCUACACCAACACUAUCUUCGAGAAUGCUGGCAUUGCUGCUCAUCAGAUUCAGUACACAACAGUGGGCACUGGAGCCAUAGAGGUCAUCGCUGGACUCAUAGGGUGUUUCACUAUUGAGCGUGUGGGAAGGAGGCCUCUAAUGAUUGGUGGUUUCACCUUCAUGGGCAUAUGCUGUGCUGGGAUUACUUUCUCCCUCAUAUUACAGACUCAUGUGGCGUUCAUGCGUUAUUUCAGUGUGGCCUGUGUGGUUGGAAUCAUCGCUGGAUUCUGCAUAGGGCCUGCUGGAGUCCCAUUCCUCAUGACAGGAGAGCUCUUUAAACAAUCUCAUCGACCUGCUGCCUACAUUGUAGGAGGAUUUCUCAACUGGAUAUCAAACUUCACUGUGGGCUUUGUCUUUCCAUUCCUACAGAUGUCAGCUGGUGCAUUCUGCUACCUGGUGUUCUGUGGUGUUUGUGUGGGGGUGGCAGUUUACGUCUACUUCAUUAUCCCUGAGACCAAGAACAAAACCUUUGUGGAGAUCAGUCAGAUGUUUGCUUCAAGAAACGGUUGUGAAAUUGAAAACCUGCCGCUAGCCAUCACUGACCAACUCAGCCUCAAAAAGAUGAACGGGUAUGGAACACUUGCUGUAGAUGUGGACAAAACUGACAAGCUGGAUAACUAGUGGUAAUGACGGAGGGAUGGUGUGUUAUGCUGUGUCAUGGUGCUACAAAUCAGUAUUGUUCUGAGUGCUGUGAGAAUGUGGCCUUUUUUGAUUAUGCCUCAGGAAUUUUCAU